GAAGCCGCCAUUAGGGGCAGAGGGGCCGCGGGCGCGGGGCAAGUUCGGCUGCCGUGUCCCUCUCUAGCCUCGGUCUCUGCGGCCUUGCCGGUGCCUCUCCAUCCCCGCCAGGCCCCUGCGGGUCCCCGUCCCAGUGGGCGGCGGCGGCGCCGCGGUGCGGCCCGUUGAUGUGAGGCGCGGCUCGGCGGCGGGACGCGGAUGGCGGCGGGGGCCGGUGCAGCGGCUGGGGGCCGCAGCUUCUCCUUCAAGGUGGUGCUGCUCGGGGAGGGCUGCGUGGGGAAAACCUCGCUGGUGCUGCGCUACUGCGAGAACAAGUUCAACGAUAAGCACAUCACCACCCUGCAGGCAUCUUUUCUUACGAAGAAGCUAAAUAUUGGUGGAAAAAGAGUAAAUCUUGCAAUAUGGGAUACAGCUGGUCAAGAAAGAUUUCAUGCAUUGGGGCCUAUCUACUACAGGGACUCCAAUGGUGCUAUUCUAGUAUAUGACAUAACAGAUGAAGACUCUUUCCAGAAGGUAAAAAACUGGGUAAAGGAAUUAAGAAAAAUGUUGGGAAAUGAAAUCUGUUUAUGUAUAGUAGGUAACAAAAUAGACUUGGAAAAAGAGAGACAUGUUUCAGUGCAAGAAGCAGAAAUGUAUGCUGAAUCUGUUGGGGCAAAACAUUAUCAUACGUCAGCUAAACAGAACAAAGGAAUUGAAGAACUGUUUCUUGACCUUUGCAAAAGAAUGAUAGAAACUGCUCAAGUGGAUGAAAGAGCAAGAGGCAAUGGCUCCAGUCAGUCAGGAGCAGCAAGGCGAGGUGUACAGAUCAUUGAUGAUGAGCCACAAGUACAGAGCAGUGGAGGGUGCUGUUCUUCUGGAUAAUUAUAAAACUGUGCAUCACUGCCCUCUCAAUAUGAAGACUGCCAUAUUCCAAGUCACACAUUCUUUACCAAUGGAGUAAUAGAAUUUAACAGUAUUUAAAAGUAAUCACAUGUAACACUGCAGAGACCUUAAGUGCUAAACUAGUGGCGUCUGUGACCAGAGAAUUGGCGUUUUCUACAGUGGUUAACAAAGCAAUUACCAAUGGCCUUUUUACAUAUUUUUCUUUAAUGAGGAAUAAUAUGCAUGUAGAAAAGACCUACUUAAAGGCUUCAUUUAUAUUCUUUUAAAUCAGAUCAUUAUUUAAUAACUUAUAUACGUUGUUGUUGGAAUGGUAUAUGUUUUGCAGCUCUUUGUAUUUUGUGGUAGAUGGAAUUGUAUCACUUCUAAAAUGCAAAUUGAUUUUUUUUAAAUUAGCAGAUAUCUGAAUUAAUAUUUUUGCAGGGCCUUCACAAGCCUAUAACUCAACUACUUUGAUAUAUUCUGUUCAUCUGUAUGCCAAGCUGAUAAAAUACAUUGUAAAUUACAUAUUAAAUAUUUUAUCUGCUUUUACAGUUGCAGGUGCAGAAAUAUGUACAUCAGUCUUGUCAGUGAUUGUGAAGUGAAUAAGUCAGUGAAAGAUGCAAGCUUUUCCUGUGCACUGUUCAAUUGCUCAUUCUAUUCCCCUACCUGAAAAUUUGUUUUGGGUGCAUCCAUAGCUACAUCAAUUCUUUAAUCCAUUUCUGGCAAGCAGUAAUAUUUAGAGUUUCCCCUUACUGGCAGAGAAUGUUUCUGUAAAGUGCUGUUUAAAAAUGAGAUGUUUGACUUGCAGCUAAAACAGCUGGUGCAUGCACGUACCUUGCCUCUGCAGUUACUUUGUCCUCUCAGAAGGUCCCCAGAAAGUCAAAGCAACUUUAGCCCUCAUCUGUCUGGUAGCCAGUAAACCAGAUGCAUGAGAAACUCUUUAGCUGCUUUAAUACAUUUGUUUCCAAAGACAGCAUAAUAAACUAUUCAUGAGCAUUUUUUUUUUCCCUGCAGGGCUUGAGUGAACAAUUAAUUGGCAUUAACUAGAACUUCUAAUUUGGAGUGAUUAAACUGAAGAUGUGAAACUUGCCAGAUGUAGCUGUAACUUCGGGGAUUCUAGGCAGAAUUGAACUUACUCCAAACUUGCUCUUUCUCCUGUAAAGAAUUUUGAAAAAGCCUAUUUAAGUUUCUGGAGGAGGAUUUUCAGAAAAAGCAUGUAAACUACUAUCACAAAAGAACACAAAUGGUGGUAGCUGAAACUUCGAAGUGUUUUGUGCUCUGACUUUUUUUACUUAAGUUGUCAUGCUUGGAAAAACAGUAAAGGUGAUGUCUAUGACAAAGUAGAAUAUCCUUGGCCUUCCUUUUUCUGAAAGGUAGAUUUAGUAUUGCAUAUGAAUGCACUGAAUGGUGUGGGUAUGUUCUGAUACACAAAAAAAAGAAGUAGUUAUGAAUUAGUCUGUGUAAUAGAAGUGUGCUGUCUUCAAUCUGAUUAUUUUUAUUUUCUCUGAAAUAAUAGACGGCUUUGAUACAGACUGA